AUGAAUGAGUUAUUCAAGAAGCCUACCAUUAAGCGUACCAUAAGCAACUUCUCCAGUGUCUCUUUGAACUCUGGUCAUGGCGGCAAUUUUAGUGGGCUCGUAAAACGCAGAAAGCCCGACCCAGACUUGACAAGUCUAGAGGUAAUAUCUCCUGAGCUUCACUGCUUAAGAGAUUACAACUACAUUGGCUACUCUACUUUCACGCCAAGAGGGAGUCAGCUGAUCCUGCUUGUUGACUCAUUCUGUAAACUCCAGACCACUUCAGAACAAUCAAAGCUGCCGCCAUUGUCGCCUAGCUCCAAAAGUAGCUGCAGGGCAACGUUUGAGAAAUACUGUGACGAGAAGUUUGAUGCCACUACCAGCUCCCAAUAUGCUAAUUUCGGCUCUACCGUUGAUUCGAUAUCGUGCCAAUUGUCAGAGCUUCCGAUUCAGGUUCUAGAAACCAGUCACAAUUCGUCUAUCUCGCUUGAUCUUUCCAGACAGAGCCUGUAUAUUCCCAAAUCCAAACCACCUCCCACUCCCAAAAGCUCGUUAGACAAUUGGGAAGGCUUUUUGCCCUUACUUGAAUCCUCGAACACACCGAAGAAAAGAUUUGCACCCAAAAAUGUGUUGAAAGUAUUAACUCCCAAAGUCAGAAGACUAUUCAAAAAAUUCAACGGUUAUGUGUGUAACCUGAAGGGUGAUAGUCUAACUAGUACUUCCCGGGGCUCAACAUGA